UGAAGCUGCGAAAAUCCAACUGAGAGAUGAUGUAUCCGGGGUGUUCUCUGACCCGCUCAGCCUUCCUCUUCUUCUUCUUCUUUUCCUCUUUCGGACCGGCACAAACCGAAGUGGUGAGGUCCAUUUCGGACUGUGCCGACUUCCUUCUUAACCAAUCUCCUCCUCAAAUUCCCAACAUCCUGAAGAAUGGGAAGAUCCUGGACCAGAUCCGAUACAAGCCCAUCUGCCAGACGUACCGGAACACCAGAACCUUUCUGACGCUUUACGACACCGAAGAAAGGAUCCCGGUGUUCUCUGCUAUCAAGUUUGUUCAAGACAAAAAACCCGGAAACAGACCUAAAAACCGAAAAUGGAUGAUUGAACCUCAGCUUGAAAAUGAAUCUGCUGACAAGAACAUGAAAGAAGACAGCAAGAAGCAAGGAACCUACGUCCACCAGGCUUCAAAUUCUGAUUACAAGAACAGUGUCAGGCAUAACAGAGGCCAUGUAUGUCCCAGCGCCUACGCCUCCAACGAAACGACCAAAGCCUCCACCUUCACCCUGACCAACGUUGUUCCACAAGUGAUAACAUUCAACAGCGGAAGCUGGGAGAAGAUGGAGACUUGCACCAAAUGUUUCAUGGAAAAGUUCUGCAAAAACAACAACGGUGCCAUUGAGGGCUUUGUGGUGACCGGAGCCAAGCCCGGCGAGAGCAAACUCAAAGACCACGUCAACAUCCCCUCCAAGAUGUGGUCGGCAUUCUGUUGCUAUAGUACCAGCAAAAAGGCGUGGUUAGCAAGCGCCCACUGGAGCGAGAACGUUCAUGAACCCAAAAACUCAUAUAUGCAGACAAAGACUCUGAAGGAGCUCUACAAGGAGCUGGGGGCACCAAAAGCAGAUUUUAACGUCUUUCCUGGAACAAAGUGUCCUCUGGAGACAACCGUCACCAAGUUUUACCCAAACUUAGACAAGUCCUGCAAAUGCCCACCUCCUACCUUCAAACAGAAGAACAAGAACAAGAAUAAGAGCAAGAACAAGAACCAGAACAAGAGCAAGAACCAGAAGAACAAGAAGAACAGGGAAAAGAACCAGAAGAUGAACAAUAACAAGAAGAGAAGACCAAGUUAUUGAUCUAGAUUAUCUUAAUCUCUGGCUAAUAAAGAGGCUAAGCUUUUUCUGGGGGAGGGGUUCAUCUUGGUUAACUAUGACAGCUCACAACCGAAACAUAAAACUUUAUUAACAAAAUUUACCACAAAAAAAAAAAAUAAUAAUAUUAAUAGACCAUUGGUGUUUUUGUCGUACUAACCUAAACAAAAGACGUAAUUAUCAUUUACCAGAACUCUCAUGUCAAUUAAGUCAGAUAUUGACAGCUAAUUGGUGUAAAGCUGUCAGAGCAACAAUGAUUUUGCACUUAUUUGUGACUGGAAACAAAAAAAAAAACCUAUACAUUCUCACUCCCAACUCCUCAAAUAUUGACGUUUGGUUAAGUACUCCUCUGGUUCACUUUUUGACUUUUUUAUUCACGGGUUCUCAACCUCCAGGUUGCAAAGUGGAACCAGUCCAGUACCAGGACGCGAAGCACACCCCUAACCCAGUACCAGUUUCCGUCCAGUACUGCAUAUUAAAUUUUAAAUGAAAAGGUUCACAUUUGCUUGUAAUGUAAACAAUUUUAUCUGCUAUUUUUUAUGUUUUUCAUUUGUUUGCACAAUGACUUAGAUGAGUAUUUCUAAGAUAAUUGCCCUUUUCUCAGCCUGUUGCUCAGUUUGUUGUUUUUUCUUAUUUUUAUGUAAUUGUAGUUGGAAAUAUGUUUUCUAGUGUCCGAUUUCUGGAUUGUUUUGGACUGUUAAUGUCCUACUUAUGAUGAAAUCGAUGUCUCCUGCAGCACUGACCGACUUCCACUGGACUGAGAUCAACACUCUGCUCGGAUCAUUUCGGUCAGAAACAGUGACACCUGCUGGUUGUUCGCUAUCAAUACAUCCAUUUACACUUCAUGACUUCAAGAAGAUUUUAGUCGAUGUUUGUCUUUUUAUGAAAUGUUUAAUCAAAGAUGUGUGAUUGU